AUGGCUGCCAUUUCAGCGGCUCGGGGCGCUCCCACAGCACUGACGCCACCGAGCAGCAGCCAUGGCGACGAACCAUCGUGGAGGUACCGGGACCAUCAUGAAGAGGCGUAUGGCGAGACUGGCGCCGGCUACUACGACGACGACGCAGCACCGCGAACUAACGGAAACUCCAACCACUUCGACUCACGAAAGAUGGCCGACGAGGUGUCCACCCCACGAUGGGACGCACACGCAGAGAGCGGCGUCCAGUCGCCCGAGUUCGACAACAUCCGGUCAAAUUGGUCGACCGGUGAGCCGGAGACGGACGACGUCCAGGUCCCGCGUGGGCGCGCGGAUUCCACCGUCGGCGAGGAGGUGGAAUCGAAAUGGAUUCACCGCGACAAGCUGGCGCAGAUAGAAAACGAGGAGCUGCAGGCAGCUGGCUUCGUCCCCAGGUCACGGGCUCCCAGCAAGCAGCGGCGGGACAAGAGUGCUCGGAGAGGCACCGACGCCUCGGAGCACAUCCGGUCUAAGCAGGACCAGACACCCGAGUCUGCAGACACCCCGACAUCGCCUUGGGAUCUCAAGGUGCCGGACGAGGCGAUCGAGGAGGGAAAUGCCUCGGCUGCGCAAAACGCCAAGGGUGGUUCAAGGAUACCGGUCUUCAAGACACGCUCUAGGAGUGGUAGUGCCACCCUCAGAGAGUUGGCUCCCAGUGCCCCGAUUGAAAAGGCUGAGAAGCCCAAGCCGGUGCAGCGGUCCACCACGGAAUCCUCGCCCAAGAAGCCGACAGCUGCGAGCCGAAAGAACUCGGAGCCUGUCAACUCGAAGCCGAACAAGGCAGCCGGACGACCCAAGACUCGAUCAGGCCCUAGCAAGGAUUCGACGAACAGCAACGCACGCCCCAGCACCCGCUCGGGAGAGGCUACUCUCAAGAAGCAACCCGAGGGCAACCCGCCGUGGAUGGUGGACAGCUACAGACCCGACCCUCGCCUCCCCCCCGAUCAGCAAAUCAUACCCACCGUCGCCAAGAGACUUAUGCAAGAGAAGUGGGAGCAGGAGGGCAAGUUUGGCGAUGCUUACGACAAGGACUUCCGGCCCUUGAACGACAACGUACUUCCGAUUUUCCGAGAGAACUCUGCGCCGCUGGAAGAGGCGGCCAAGCAGGAAACUCCGGCCGAGGAAGACAUGCAGAUUCACGACGCGCCAGGCCAGACGGACGAGUGGCCGCUCAAGGCAGAGGCUCCCAAGAGCCCGCCACAGGCGCGACUGGGCUCAUCCUAUUCCACCAUGCCCAAGAUCUCAGACAUUCAGCCGCCAAAGAGCCCUCUGCCUGGCCAGCGGCCCCCCAUGACGCCACAAGGAACACAAGGAACGGCGCAGUCCCAGAGCCAGCUCAGCGAAAAGGCCCAGAGUACCCAGAGGAUCCCCGAUGUUCCAGACGACCAGGACCAGAAAGGAGGCUGUGGCUGCUGCGUCGUCAUGUAA